AUGCACAUUCUCAUCACCGGCGCUGCAGGAUUUAUCGGUCAAUUACUCGCCAAAGAGCUGCUGAAUGACCCCACAUACCGUGUCACUUUGACAGACGUCAACCAGCCUCCAAUUCCGAAAGGCGUUCUCUAUCCCCAAAAUGCGACCUUAGUAAAGGCAAAUCUUCUCACAGAGGCUAAAGAUGUUGUCGACUCCUCCCUAGAUGCAGUAUAUGCCUUCCACGGCAUCAUGUCCUCCGGCUCCGAGGCCAACUUCGAGCUAGGCAUGAGCGUGAACAUUGAUGCGACGCGAAACCUGCUCGAAGCGCUGAGACAUACAUGUCCUGGAUUGAGGGUGAUCUACUCUUCCAGUCAGGCUGUCUAUGGCCAGCCACUGCCAGAUGUCGUGACAGAUAGCGUGAUACCGACUCCAGAGUCGUCAUAUGGCGCUGAGAAGAUUGUCUGCGAGACACUUAUCAAUGAAUAUACUCGUCGCAAAUUCAUCACCGGCUUUACUCUGCGCUUUCCUACUAUAUCCGUUCGUCCUGGUGCGCCCACCGCCGCUGCCUCGUCGUUCCUUUCCGGUAUGAUUCGCGAGCCGUUAGCCGGCAAGGAAUGCAUCAUUCCCAUCGAGGAUCGGGAGUUCAAGUCGUGGCUUUGCUCGCCUAGUACACUUGUAAAGAAUCUUUUACUCACACUUCGUCUUCCGGCAGACUCUGUGCCGUUGCAUAUUCGCCAGAUUAAUGUUCCUGGGAUUUGUGUAAGCGUUCAGGGCAUGAUGGAUGCGUUGGAAAAGGUGGGCGGCAAGGAUAAACUGGCUCUGCUGAAAGUGAAGGAAGAUCCUGCUCUUGUACCCAUCUUGAGAUCUUGGCCUACUCGGUUUAAUAAUUCGCAGGCUAUCUCUCUUGGUUUUAAACGGGAUGAGUCUUUUGAACAGGCAGUGAGAGACUACAAGCUCGCAUCUGAGAGCACAUAA